AUGGAGAAAUCUAGCAACAGGAGCAGGAGGAGCAGGAGGAGCAGGAGGAGCAGGAGGAGCAGGAGCAGGAGGACCGUAUGGCACUCCCUGCAUUCUAGGUCUGGGUUCCUCCAGCUCUAUGCCCACUCUCGCCGCUCAUCACUGACCGAACGCUCCGAGCGCUGGAAGGAAGCGGAGCUGGAGACACAGUUGAAAAAAAAAAUCCUUUUAUUAUCUAUUUGCGGGGUGGGAUGCUGCGAGCCGAACAACGGGUCCCACAGCAGCACUGAGAGCCGGGCUCCCCCGCGCUGCACUUCUCCCUCCGGCCACACGGCGGCAGGAGAGCGCGCGGCGGCCGUGGUACAGCCCGGCGUCGUCCCCCCCCCCGCGCCCCGCGCACAGUGGGCUCUCCCGGCCGUAGAAAAGCAUUGUGGGUCGGCAGAGCCGUCCUUUCCGUGCUCGCCGGGGACGCGCACUCAUGGCGGUGCCGGGGGCCGGGGCUUGCGGAGUGGCGAUGGCGUCUGGGGUGUCCCCGGCGGCGGCUUCGGGCCGCUGCGGCCCCUUCCCAGGAGGAGGAGAAGGGCGGGCUCGGUGGCCGUGCGAGCGGCCCGCCCCGCGGAGCCCGGAGUGAAGCGGGGGUCGCCGGCGAGCGCCGAGGGUGGGCGCCGGUCUUCGCCGCGUGCACGGCCCGGAGGACGGCGGAGUCGGAGGUGGGCGUCUGAGGCUGGCGGGCGAUUCUCGGAGUGCGGAGGCGGCUUAAGGAUGUCCUUGAUUCUGAAGUUUGACCUUCAGAAACGUGGGUAUAAAUGUUCUUCCCAGAGGUGUGUCGAGACGCUGCAUUGAUGAUGUUUGUAAGAUGAAUAAAAACGUGUCAUAUACCA